GGUUUCAGAAGCCAAAUAAAAAUUUGGUACAGCUAUUUCUGAAACUCUUUUUCUACAGGUCAUGGCAACCGACAAGCAGCUGAGUAUGGCGGCGAGCGCCAUAGCGUUGCGUGGCGUCCGUCUUUUCCUAAGUGCUGGACGCAACGCCGUGGAGCGUCGAGCCCAGACGGCUGCGGAACCGGCCAAGCACCGACCCAAGCCGAAGCCCGUGGUCCCAGGGGCCAGGCCUCCGCAGAAGGUCUUUGAUAUGCUGGCUAGAACUUCUAAAUUUAACAAGCAUGAACUGGAGGCUCUGUACGCGAUGUACCGGCGGCUGGUGACGGCCGCCCAGGGGAUCUUGCCGCCCACCGCCAUAGGACAACCGCCAGCGAAAGUCGAUGGUAUAGAUCAAGGCACUUUCCGCGAUGUGAUGCACAACACCUUCGACAUGAUCACGGAAGAGGCCAUCUUGGAAAGAAUAUGGAUCACAUGGGACCGCGGGGCGAGUGGUGGGGAGGGCGCCCUGAAGUUUGAAGCAUGGGUGCGCGGGCUGAGCGUACUACUAAGAGGGACUGAGGAGGAGAGAAGGAACCACUGCUUUGCUGUAUACGACCUGAAUGCUGAUGGAUAUAUUACCAGGGAUGAGAUGUUCGUGCUGCUGAAGAACUCCCUCCUCAAACAGCCAGGAGACGAAGACCCAGACGAAGGUGUACGGGAUCUAGUAGAGCUGGUCCUCAGGAAGAUGGACGUCGACAAGGACGGACGAGUAUCUCCUGAAGACUACAAAGAUGCUGUAGAACAAGAACCACUGUUGUUAGAAGCAUUCGGCCAAUGUCUUCCAUCCAGGCGUCACGCCCUUGCUUUCCUGAAAACUUUGAACCCUAAGCCCAAGGACUUACGGUCCUGAAUAAGAUAAUUUAAAGUUUUAAUUGAAGUCGGUGAAACGUCAUUUUCAUUUCAUAAUCCAUCGCUAAUGAAAUUUAAAUAGGGUCAUAUCGCGUGUUCGCGUCCACCUAUCCACCUAUUUAUUAAAUAAGUGAUAUCAAACAUGUAAAUAAUUAUGUGGAUAACAUGCAUCUAGCAUUCUUAUGUUGUCGGAUUAGCCUUGAAUUUAGAGAUAAGCGUUAAUUAGUUUACCAACUUACGAUAAUAGUAAUUAAUUGUAAAAUAAUAUUAUGUAAGUAUGAAACUGUAGCGGAUAAAGUGAAGGUUAA